AAUGAAAGAAUAUCAAUGUAGAUAUGUAAAUCAUGAGAAAGAAGAAAUUAUUGGUUUCUGUAUGAAUCAGAUAUGUCAAGAAACACCAUAAUAUUGCUAGGAAUGCCUGGUAAUUCGGCAUUAAGAUCAUAAAGAAGAUUGUCUUAAUUUCCCAAUUUUAUCAGAAUCAAUCAAUCAUUACAUAAUGAAUCUGAAAUCGACAAGUUAAUAAUUAUUUUAAAUAAAUAACUAAUUUGGGAUAAUGUUUGAUAGAUUUUUCAAAUAGAUGGACUCUUAAAUUAAAAUAUUGUUGAAUAUGGAUCAAAAAUUAACCAAUAAGGAGUAUUUGCCAUUUAAACAAUAAUUAACAUAUCUUCAUUAGUAUCAUUCAGGUGAAAAUCCAAAUAAAUAUCGUAAAAAUUUAUAAAAAUUUUUAGGAACCUUUUUAGAGUUAUUUAAUCAAAUUUUGGAAAUUAUCGAAGAUGUUGUCAAAAAUAAUGAUCUAGAGGAGAGCAAGUGUAAAGAAUAAGGAACAGAAAUUUAUUAAAUAUCAAAAAAAAUGGAGGCAAUAAAUAAAGAUUAGGAAAUAAUUUAGAGCUAAACUUUUUUUGAAAAUGGUAAAAUUUUAGAAAAUUAUAUAGGCAAACAAUUAAUAUAUGAGAGGAAGUAUUAAGAUGCAUUAAAAUUAUUCGAUAAAGCUUUGAUGAAAGACCCAAAUAAUGAAGAAAUAUAAAUAUGGAAAGGUAUGAAUUGAUGUGUAAUUUGAAAAGGAUAAGCCUUAAUUUAUUUAGAACGAUUUUAAGAAGCAAACCAAUCUUAUGAUGAUGCCAUACAAUUUAAUUCAUAGAAUUUUUUAAUAUUAAAUAAUAAAGGUAAUUUUAUUCGAAAUAAAAUAUUAAUAGGGACAGUUUUAAAUGAUUUAUAAAGAUACUAAGAAGCUAUUUAAUGCUAUGAUGAAGCUAUUAAGCUCGAUCCAAAUAAUAGUUAGGGAUUUUGUAAUAAAGGUAUUUAUAAUACUUAUUUUUUAAAUAGGAUUGGCAUUAAAAAAUUUAAAUAGAUAUGAAGAAUCUAUUUAUUGCUAUGAUAAGUCUAUUUAGUUAAAUUGUAAGAAUGAUACAGCAUUCAACAAUAAAGGUGUGAAAAGUUUAAUUUUUUAGGGACCUCAUUAAUUGUUUUGAAAAGAUAUUAAGAAGCCAUCGAAUGUUUUGAUAAAGCUUUUUUAUUAAAUCCAUAGUAUAAACAACAAAGGUAUUGAUUUUUGAAAUCUUUUUCUAUAGCAUAUGCAUUAAUUGAACUCAAAAGAUAUGAA